UGUUGGGUGUGCAUCAUAAGUCACGUGCACGCAUUUCGGCAGCUUUCUUUGCAGUCGUCUAGCAUCAUCAACUUCAACCUCCCACCCCGACCCAUCGCCCUUCGACACGCUCUCACCCACCCAACAUGUUCCGCACAGCUCUCCUCAGGUCCGCAAGGUCCGCCGUCCGCGCUGCUCCCCGAUGCCAGGCCUCAAUUGCCCGCCCGGCGCGCGCCUUCGCCCAGCCCAAGCAGAUCAUUCCCGCCGCAUACGUCCAGGCCGUACGAAGCUACGCCUCCAGCGCCGGUCUGUCGCAAGACGAGGUCCAGGGCAGGAUAAUGGACCUCCUGAAGAACUUCGACAAGGUCCAGGACGCCUCGAAGCUCAACGGCGAGUCGCACUUCCACAACGACCUCGGUCUUGACAGCCUUGAUACCGUAGAGGUCGUUAUGGCGAUUGAGGAGGAGUUCAGCAUUGAGAUCCCAGACAAGGAGGCUGACGCUAUCCACAGCGUCAAGCAAGCAGUAGAGUACAUCCUCCGCCAGCCCGAUGCUCACUAAAUGAUAAUGGAGUGCUGGGUGCCUGAAGAUGUUCGAAGAUGAAUGGAGUGGAAUUGGUUCGUCGGUUCUGCCGGCAUUGUUAUAUAUUUCCCUGCGUGUAAAACAGCUCUGGGAUGGCAACAAGUACUUUUGAUAGAAACGAG